AGAGGCCUAUAUAUAAUAUCGGUAUACAUAAGUUAAGCGUUAAUGAAGACUGACCAGGUCAAUUGCUGAGCACUAGCUAAGCUCUCUGGUGUCAACACACGUGUAACAACAUACCUGGAUUACAUACAGUACAGUGCCUCUGUGUGUGUACAUGUACAGGUAUGUAUUGCUGGCGUUAUAGGUAUGAAGUGUAACACUCGUUAAGACUGCCGGGUGGAGUUUAAUCUUCACACAAUCCCGGGCGUCAUUGUCCGAGUAGCGCGUUUACCUGCUUACAGGUAAAACAUAACAUCGAUUACGUUUUAUGUUUUAACACGGAGUUAUUAUUGGGUUAAUGUAGAAACCAAAUCUCCAUGAGGACACAAACACAAAAUGGAUUUUUAAACAUCUGGACUUACCGCAAUCCCAUAAAAAGAUGGUGAUGACGACCAACGGGGCCAGGGAUACCGCCGUGAUGAAACCACCUCCGGUUGUACAAGAUGACGUCUUUCGGUUGUCACCCGUUCCGGCAGACGGAUCACUUUACAAGUGUCCGGUGUCUACUCCAAUGUACGAAGCCAAACGACCGCUCCAUCAUGUCAAGAUCCCAGAAAGUCUUAAAUUUGUGUCCAUAGACUGUAGCCAGAUAGAAAAUACACCAAGACAUACCAUACAUCGACCAGGAACGAAGGUCUCAUCAAAAUUCAAAUCUCCAUUUCGACACGCACGCAAGAAAAAUUUCGAUUACUAUUAUGUAGAUAAAAAGUUUCAAACCAAACUUUCGGGUUUUUCAAACACCACGUGGCUGAAAUCAUUAUGUUCUCAGCCCGUCGAUGAAAUAUUCGGGAAAUACAGGCCAAACGCGACGCCUUCGGCAUCACGACAGCCAUCAGAAGGCCGGGUGAGCCGAAACUUCUCGACCCCUGGGGAAAUGGCCAUCAAGGAGGCUUGGGAAGUGAAUAGUUUAAAACGAAUUGGUUCUGCAACGUCACGUGCAUCCAGAUUAUCUAAAAAUAGUCAAUUGACGGAACGCACUGCUUCACCAAAUUUAACAAUCAUCUCAAAACCAUAUGUAAGACCACACAGUGACAGAGUUGAUAGUCGUGUUGACACGAUACCACAUCCGCCAUCCCUCGGAAAUACCGAGGAAAACAGCAGAGCGCCCUCUCGUGGGUCGUUCUAUAUAACAAAAGACCCGGAUGAUCCAAUUGACUUUCAUCCGUACAUUAACUCCACCUCUUAUGACUUAUUGAAACAAAAGGACAGGAAACUGCCGGAUAUACACAAAAACAGGAGGGUUAAUGGAAGUGUUCCAACUCAGCGGAAGUACUUAACAAACACUUCCGGUUACGGACUUGCGCGUCGGGCUGCUCCGGUAAUGAGUUUUUCUGGGAGUGUUAAAAUAUUCGAUAGAAUCCCCAGUCCGCGAACAGAUAGCAGAAACAACUGUACUCUUUGUGCGUUGAAUGAUACGAAGCACAAACAUUGAGAGAGUGAAAGGAAAAUUGGGACUAUUUGUUUUUGUUUGUGAUGUUUUGUAGAAACUAGUGUUUUGUUGUUCGAUUGACUGAGAGUUUUCAGUUGUGAUGUGUGUCACAAAAACUGUCGUGCUAUCGACUGAUAAAUCAAUUCCAUUUGCAGAGAUGUUGUUAGCGCGUUCAAUUCCAUCCUGUCUAGAUUAUAACUGGCGACCUCAUUUCCCAAUGGACUGUAUUAUUUUUCUAUUGGUCUUCAAUACGGCAACAGUUGUGCAACUUCAUUUUGUAGGAAAAUAAACCAGGUCAAGAGAACGUGAAAAUUGAAUAGAUGCCUUUUUUUGGAUAGCUGCCAUUUUGUAAAUACAUUUUGAACGUAAACCAGAAUGUUAAUACCAAACUACUUAUAGCUAUAGGUUCUCGACCUAAUUGAGUUUAUAUUAUGUUAGAUCCUAUUAUACCGUUUUAUAAAACGAUACUUACAGCAAGGACGAUUUCAUGUGUACAUUGCAAUGGAAUAAAGCUACACCUUUGUAGUGUUUUAAGGAUAUCUGUCCCGUUGCAAUGUGUUUUUCCGUACAUAUAGCAAUCUCCUCUUAACUUCCUCUUAAUAACUGUAGCACAGCUGGGUCAAGACAUUUACGUUGAAAAUGAAGCUCAGUCGGUUAGAACGAUAGUACAACAAACUGAAGUGCAGGGUUUUAAAUCCGGUAUUGCACUGAAGAAAUUUUACUUGCAGACCAUUGCUGAUUAUAAUUUGUUUUAUUUUGUUUUUAUCAUUUCUUAUAAAAGCCAUGCUUUAUAGAAACGCUUUAUCAAAGCUAUAGUUGUGCCAGAAAACCUGUUUCCAAUGCGUAGUUGCAUUUUUUGGCAGCGUUAUGGGGGUCUUUAAGGAUUAUUUUUUUGGAAAAUCAAAUUGGAAUUUAGAAUAAUAAAACCCAGUAUAGAUUGCGCAUCAUUGAACAUGUAUGUAUGCAUAUGGUAACUAUGAUUUUAGCUUUGUUUUGUCGCUAUUCGUGGCCACGCUUGGUUUUAAUGCUAUAUUUCCACUCCAAGAAACCAAUACAGUCGUAUUAUCUAUCUGAUUCAAGCUUCGCAUGUAAACAAAUGAUACAACGAAGUGACAUUUGUUGUCAAGGAAAAGUGAAAUUGAUUACUUGCUGGUGCCAUUCUGGAAUCGCUGCUUUUGUAUUAAACUACAUUGAAAUGACGUCAUUUUUUCUUAUUGUUUAUUCCGAAGAAAAUGAAAAAAAUCAAUAGUGUUAUUACAUUUGUUUUUGUCGUACAGCGAUCUCUUUAAAUCCAUGAAUACGUCACGACAAUGAUUAUGUUUAGGAAAAUAUUACGAAUUCAGAUAAUUAAAAUAAAAAUAAAUAAUAUGCAUCUUCAUGCCUUUCAGUUUUUUUGUCCCAAUAUUCUAAACAUAGUUAUCAUUCCAUCCCGUCGAUAUACAUUUUCAAAAUCUUUUUUUUUUUUUAGAAAUAUCUUGACGCUUUCACAUGCUUUUGAAUAGUGUUUUCCUUAUAAAUGAUUGUUUUCCCACACUUGUAGCUUUACUUAUUCAUUUAAAUAUUUUUGAAAAUAUACGUAAUAAAAUAUUUGCCUCAUCAUGUUUGUAAGUUAAUCUCUUAUUUGAGCAACAGAGAAUCCGUGGUCUCAAGCAUCAAGCAUGGACUACUUGUAUCUGACAUUUUCAUAAUUAUCAAA